ACGGUUACCAGCAGCUACUCGAGGCGCCGAGAUGGAGCGGACGUUCUCUCGCUUUCAGCUGGUGGUGGUGAUUCUCGUCCUGACGACGAGCGGCGGUACGGCGGCGAAACGCCGUGUGCUGGCGCCGACGUUCCAGGAGGUGUGGGAGGAGCCGGCUCCGGAGCUGGAGGCCGAGCUUCGAUCCCCGCCGCUGUUCAGCAGCCGCCGCGCCGAGGAAGUAGCCGGCCGCUUGUUGGAGCUGUACCGCGACUCGCCGCUGCGGGAGGAGGCGCGCAGCCGGGCGCCGGUACAGCCGCCGCAGGUGCCGCCAGACCACGUGCAACACCACGUGCAGACGGUGCACACGGUCACCGUCACACGGCACGUGCCCGUGCCCGUGCCAGUGGCCGUGCGGCCGCUCUUCUACUGAAGACAGAGGCGUCAGAAGCGGCCGAAACGACGGCCGAGCUACACUGGAGCCACCGAAGAGUGGCGGGAGGACAA